CCCCGAAGCACAGGGCGUGAUCAGCGGGGCCGUGUUCCUCAUCCUCCUCUUCUGCUUCAUCCCUGUGCCCUUCCUGAGGUGCUUCGUGGAGGAGCAGUGCGCGGCCUUUCCUCACGAUGAGUUCGUGGAGCUCAUCGGUGCGCUCCUCGCCAUCUGCUGCAUGAUUUUCCUGGGCUUUGCAGAUGACGUUCUGAACCUGCGCUGGCGCCACAAGCUCCUUCUUCCUACCAUGGCUUCCCUCCCGCUGCUCAUGGUUUACUUCACCAACUUUGGGAACACGACCAUUGUGGUACCUAAGCCCUUCCGGGUACUGCUGGGCAUGCACUUGGACCUGGGUAUCCUCUACUACGCGUACAUGGGCAUGCUAGCAGUGUUCUGCACUAACGCCAUCAACAUUCUCGCGGGAAUUAAUGGAAUUGAAGCAGGGCAGUCUCUGGUGAUAGCUGCUUCCAUUAUCAUAUUCAACAUUGUGGAGUUAAACGGGGAUUACCGAGACGAUCACAUUUUUUCUCUCUACUUCAUGAUUCCCUUUUUUUUUACCACGCUGGGGCUGUUUUACCACAACUGGUACCCAUCUCGAGCGUUUGUCGGGGACACCUUCUGCUACUUUGCUGGCAUGACCUUCGCCGUGGUGGGGAUCUUGGGGCACUUCAGCAAAACAAUGCUGCUUUUUUUCAUCCCGCAAGUGCUCAACUUCCUCUACUCAUUGCCUCAACUCUUCCACGUCAUUCCUUGUCCCCGUCACCGGCUGCCGAGGCUCAAUCCUAGUACGGGGAAGCUGGAGAUGAGCUAUUCCAAAUUCAAAACUAAGAGCCUCUCUGCCCUGGGAACAAACAUUCUGAAGGCAGUCAAGAUCUUGCACAUAGUAGACGUGAAGAGUGGAACAGAUGAAGAUGGCGAAUACACCGAGUGCAAUAAUAUGACACUUAUUAACUUUGUUAUAAAGCUGAUUGGACCCACCCACGAGCGAAAUCUCACUCUCCUGUUGCUACUCAUUCAGGUCCUGGGCAGCACGAUUGCAUUUUCAAUCCGAUACCAACUAGUGCGCUUGUUUUACGACGUCUGACUGAGCUGCCGGGAGCAGGGGAUUUUUCGUACCUGCCAGUCAGUUUUCUCCAGUGGCUGACCAAAAGGUUCAACUGGUCUUAAUUCCGGCCCUCCGAGAACCUCAGAACACCUGUCAGAACGCAAGCAACUACUC